AUUAAAUCAAUACGAUGCAACAGUAGCCAAACAGGGGAGUUAUUUAUUUUGCGUUCUCCACUGUGCACCGUGUUUUUCUUUCAGCAUCGUCACCGUUGGUUACUCCGGCGGAUUAACCACGCCAGGAAUUUCUAGAAUCGACCAGAUUACGACUACGCAGCGCCGCGUUCCUUGUUGCGUUUGCGAAUCCACUUGGAAUUCAAUUAGAAUUCCUAUGCGUGAAUAUAAUUCUGCAAGUGUCGGAUCAUCUACCACGCAGAAAUGGAUCCUGUCGGUAUACAGCUGCUGCUGGAGGUCCAUUUGAUCGAUUACGAUAAAAAGACGGACUUUUAAUAAAAUUAUAGAGCCAGGAACAGGAUCCAUUGAAAGGAGAAGAUCUUCGUUCAACAAGCUUCGAGGGCACAAAGAUUUGAGAAAGCAGGCUGAGCUGAAGCGUUUGCGGCUGUUGGCCAGUGAAGACCACGAUUAAGAUGUGAACCGCGACGAUUCGUUUCCGCAACAUAGGGGACCACACUGUCUUUGUCCAAAGGAAGAACGAAAUCGAACGUGUUCAUGGCUCGGACUACGGUUUCCCCGUCUUCGUUCUUAUCUUCGACCUCAUGGACCACACCGUCCGUCUCGAAUGUCUUCAAGGACACUUUCGGGAUCGCCUCGACCACACAUUACACGAGCAUCGAAAAGCAAGCAAACGUGGAAGAAAAGUACACGCCGUAUGAAGAUCGACCGGAAACAUACUUCGUGCCAAUCGUGUUCCUGCUGAUUCUUGUGAUCGGGCUCACAGGAAAUGGCGUGCUCGCGCUCACCAUACUGCGCCACAGUAACAUGAGGAACGUUCCCAAUAUUUAUGUCUUUUCGUUGGCGCUCGGAGAUCUCUUGGUGAUUCUUACAUGCGUACCAUUCACUUUCACCGUAUAUAUUGUGGACUCUUGGCCUUUUGGACUCGUGCUCUGCAAGGUUUCCGAGUGCGCCAAGGAUAUCUCCAUCGGAGUCUCUGUCUUCACUCUAACGGCACUAUCCGCGGACAGAUUCUUCGCUAUCGUCGAUCCGAUGAGAAAGCUCCACGCCUCGGGUACAGGAAGACGAGCAACGCGUUUCACGGUGAUCGUCGCUUCUUUGAUUUGGGUAUUAGCCAUUAUGUGCGCCAUUCCGAGUUCCUUCUCCUACAUCAGGGUUUUCAAAGUGAACACCAACGUGACCUUUCAAGCCUGCUACCCGUAUCCUGCGGAAUUUGGACCGAAUUACCCGAAGACGAUUUUGGUCUGUCGGUUCUUCAUAUACUACGCUGUGCCGCUUAGUAUUAUUGCUUUCUUCUACAUUCUUAUGGCCAGACAUCUGAUUCACAGCACUAGAAAUAUUCCUGGCGAAAUGCAGUGUCAGCUAAAGCAGGUGAAAGCUCGUAAAAAGGUGGCGAAAAUGGUGAUGGCGUUCGUGAUCGUUUUCGCAGUAUGCUUCUUCCCGCAACACGUGUUUAUGCUAUGGUUUUACAUCCACCCAACCGCCCAACAGGAUUACAACACAUUUUGGCAUUAUUUCCGGAUUCUUAGCUUCUGCCUGGCAUUUACCAAUAGCUGCAUUAAUCCCAUCGCAUUGUACUGCGUGAGCAGCACAUUUAGAAAAUAUUUCGACAGGUAUCUGCUGUGUUGCGUGCCGAGAAGGAUCCGCAGACGACGUCGUUGUUCAUCGGACUUGAGCUCGCGGGCACGAGGUCAAAGUUUCUCGUUGAUAAGCUCCAAAAGGUACGAUUCUCGACGCGGUCAACGAAACACCAUGCACAUGUCCAUCUUUGGAAACGACACCAGGACCAGUGGCCCGAUCAAGGAACAAGAGACGACCAUUAGUCUAACCGCGUGUCCUAACGGUAUCGAGGAUGGACUGAAAAGCCAGCAAAAUUCCACGACGGAGCAGUCGAACAUUCGCGAAUGUUCGUUAAACUCCAAGGACUGAAUAAUUCAGCGAUGUUUCGGCAACCAAUGAUCAUGCCCGUGUGUAUUAUUUUCAUUUGAAAAACACUAUGUCGAUGGUCCAAUAACUCUUAAGCGAAGACCACAGGCGAAAGAUAUAUUAAGUCGCAUUUCUCACAUUUCUCGGAAGAAUAAUUUUGAAAUUCGGUACAUUGUUAGAAAUUCGAUAGUCGUUAGACUAGCUCUUCAUUUGGCUCUGCGAUUAAUCCAUUAAGAAGCAAUAUUUGCUGUCGCUGUCGAUCAAUAUAUUUAUUGAAUUUCCUUUUUUAAUAUUAUGGCUGUGAAAGGGAACUCUAAGAAUUUCCUUGAUACCUUUUUCGUUGUUAUUUAGUGCAUCCAGAAAUAUGAAACAAAUGCUUGCAGUUCCUUUUUGCGAUCACAAGAUGAAUUUCAUGAAAUUCAACGUUGAUUCUUAAUGGGUUAAAUAGACCAAACGGCUUGACAUCCUAAGUUCUCCAAAGGCUAAAAAUCUUUGAAUCUAUCAAAUUAUUUCCUUCCUUUGAAGAUUUCAUAUUAAGAUUUCAUAUUUAAGAGAUCCUUUUAGCCAUCAACUAUAAGCGGCACGAAAACAUCAAAAAUGGACUUAAAGUCUUAAGCUUUAGCUUCAAUUUCUGAGAGAGAGAGAGAGAGAGAGAGAGAGAGAGAGAAGUAGCGAUCGUCCAUAUUUAACGCAUCUGUCAUUUCCUGUAAAUCUUCGUCCAAUAUCUUGUCCCUCGAAUGCACCGAUAUCGUCGAAACUAUAGCGCUAGACAAUUAUUCUGUGAACUCGUGUGAAAGUAUGAUUUGCAGGCACAAAGACUGCGACAGUUGUACGUUUAGAGAGCACCGAUUUUAUG